AUGAGUGAGCUCAGCAAACCCGAGGAAGAUCUUCAGGACCCAGGCGAGGCCCAGGGCCCUGUUGAGGUGCCGCUCUUGGAGGCUGAGGUGGACGAGUCCACAUCCCACUUGGCCUCCUAUGCCCUAGCAUCCUCCUCCACUACUGUGGAGGCCUUGCCCCAAGAAAUUCUGAAUGGGAUGAUGGCUAACUUGCUGAAGUUCCUGCUCUUCAAGUAUCGAGCCAAGAAGAUGACCUCCCAGGGGGAAAUGCUGAAUAAGGUCCUCAGGGAUAAGCAGGAAUACUUCCCUGUGGUCUUCAGGGAAGUCUCAGAGUGUCUGCAGAUGGUCUUUGGCGUGGAGCUGAAGGAGGUGGACACAGCGGAGCACAUCUACAUCUUGGUCCCCACCCUGGGUCUCACCUGUGAUGAGAUGCUGAGCGACGGGGUGGGCCUGCCCAAGGCCGGCUUCCUGGUGCUGGUCCUCAGCGUGAUCAUGCGGUGUGGAGACCCGGCCCCUGAGGAGGCGGUCUGGGGAGCACUCAGCAGGAUGCAUGUGUAUGUUGGGAGGGAGCACUGUGUCUUUGGAGAGCCCAGGGAGCUGCUGACCCAAGUGUGGGUGCAGGAGGGUUACCUGGAAUACCAGCAGGUGCCUGACAGCCACCCUGCUCGCUAUGAGUUCCUAUGGGGUCCCCGGGCCUAUGUGGAGACCAACAAGUGGCAAGUCAUGGCAUUUAUGCUCAGGGUCAAUCAAAGAGCUUUGAGGGCAUUCCCAUUCCUGUCUGCAGAGGAUGAGAGGGAGGAGGAAUAG